UGUCCACCGAGGUUGGACAAACAUUCUUCCUGUGGCUCAGCGCCUGAAUGGAGAAGGCAGGGACCAUCUUGGGGAGGGCAAGACUCUUAAGAAAGGAGAGGGGACGCCAUCAAAUGAUCCUCGUAGGGCAAACAAUUCGGCCAGAUGGAGAUGCGGAAGACUUGCUUAGAUAAGGGGGCUCCUGAAAACAGCAAGUGUUUUCGGCAUUGAAGAAAAACACAGGUGGGAUUCAGAAAAAGUGAAUGGGAAGCUGGACCCUGGGUGUGCCAUGCCCUGGGCUUGCUGAUCCGGAAAUUAAUCAAGGUGGGCUAUGGGCUCAGCGAGGAAGCCUGCAGACACCGUCAUGACAGGGGACCUGCUCCUGCUUGCCAGUGUGAUUUGCCUGCUCCAGGUGGUGUGCGGCUGUCCAGAAAAGUGCCACUGUCACCCAGCAUCCAAUUCUGUAGACUGCCGCCGGCAGGGCCUGGCCACAGUCCCUCCCAAUCUGCCUCCUCAGACUCUAACGCUGCACUUGCAAGAUAACCAGAUACACCGGCUUCCGGCAUCUGCAUUUACUUCGGUGCCACAGCUCACAACCUUGAACUUGUGCAACAACUCCCUUUCAGACCUAGUCCCUGGAGUUUUCAACGGACUUCAGCACUUGCAGGUCUUAAACCUAACCCAGAACUCCCUGCGUUCCCUGGAAAGCAGACUUUUCCAGCCCCUCCCACAGCUGAGGGAACUUGACCUGUCAUCAAACCACCUGAGCCACCUUCCCACACCCCUGGGUGAGCCGUGGCAGAAUCUGACCAUAUUUGCAGUUCAGCAAAACCGGCUUCAGCAGCUCGAUCGAGGGCUCCUAGAAGCCAUGCCCAGCGUGAGGCUUUUAUUUCUCAAGGACAACCUCUGGAAUUGCAAUUGCCAGCUGCUCGGUCUUAAACUCUGGCUGGAGAAAUUUAUCUACAAAGGGGGAAUAGUGGACAGUGUCAUCUGUGCAUUGCCGGAUGCCUGGAAGGGAGAGGACCUCCUGAGAAUCCCUCACGAGCUGUACCAGCCCUGCCCACUUCCUUCUGCGGACCUGGAGUCCUCGCAGAGGGGGGGGCUAGGUUCCACCCGCUCGGCUGUCCCCAGGCCUCCUGAGAACCACGGGGCAGGGGACCGAGACCAUGCACAGUGUGAGCCCAAGCCCAAGCCCAGGCCGGCCAAUCUGCGGCAUGCCGUGGCCACCGUCAUCAUCACCGGGGUCGUGUGCGGGGUCGUGUGUCUCAUGAUGGUGGCGGCUGCCAUCUACGGCUGCACCUAUGCGGCCGUUACAGCCCAGGGGCACGGACGGCCCACGGCCCAAACCAGUGAGCCUGCAAAGACAGAAGGCAAAGAUCUGUGUGACAGCUCAGAAGCCUGAGGGCUUUCGUCUCAAAAAGAAACGAUCGUUUUAGGCCUGAGGAAUGCACCUGAGUAAGGCUGAUGCACUCACUCUUUACUGCCUCAUUUUGCUUCUCAAAGAAAGAAAAAAAUAUGUCUGCAGAAAUAUAUUUCUGGGAACAAAUUUAUGUUGCGAUUUAAAAAAUGCCAUACAUGAAAUAGAGAUGAUACCUGUGCUCUUCCUGAGGAGUUAAUUACCCCACGUGGAGGAAAGCUGCAUGACCAAGGGCAGAUGGCAUCUCUUUCAGGUAAUCCUCUCUGCACUAAGCUGCUUUUACAGGGCAACAGAGAUCCGAAUGCGUGUGCCAGUCAGCAUUCCUGGCAGCUUUAUGGUCCACUGGAAAACCGCCCGAUUGUGAGUGCCUGGGAAGAAGCUAGCGAUCUCACCCGAGGGGCACUGGAUGCCUCUAUAAUUCAAGUUCAUGCUAGAUCUCUGAGACUUUUAGAAGUUCUGUAGAUUAUAUAUUUAAUGGGAGCAUCUGUUGGUUGGGAAUUGUGUAGCUUGCCCACAAGAGUCAGAUUAUAUUUAAUUUUCUAAAUCAGAAAACCAUUUGGGGCUUUCUAGGCCACAGAGGAAGAGGGGUUCUGUGUCUGAAUAAUGGGACACAGGCCCAGGGUCUGGGGAAGUUUUCUGAUGCGAAGGUAAAUAACAUAUAAACAAACACAAAGAGGAAGGGAAGCUGGAAUCCGGGGCCAAAAGGCUGUAUCCACCAAGUGACUGGAACCUUCCAUUUAUAACUCUCACAGCAGGAAUGAAUUUAGGGUGGGCUGAGAGUGAGAUAAUGGCUUGUGUGUAUCUGUAUCUACAUACAUAAUAUAUCUACAUACAAGAGGGCACAGACUUGUACAACCACACCCACACAUAAACAUAUGCAGAGCAAUCAGUUUACCCACUAAUGAAAUGCAGCCGUAGCAGAAUGGAAGCCAACAGCUGUUGACCACCACCCAGACUGUCUACUCAACACUCUGGGAUAGGAAGUAAGAAGGAAGUCUGAAGAGAGUGGGAAUUGUCAAGAGACUCGAGAUACGUGGCAGCAGCCAACCUGAACAUUAUUUAGGCCAUGGUUUAAAAAAAUCAGGUGUGGCUUGCUUUACUCUACAGACACGGUCCUGAGGAGUUGCAUGCAAAGUGAAUUUUUGUAAAUUGAAUCAUCAUUUGAAUGCAGCAGGGGAGCCCGCUAUUUAAAGGAACCUUUCAUGGAAUCUUUCUGUAACGGCAAUAAUUGGCUCCAGAUUUGUGCAUUUUGGAAAUUUGCAUUUCUCAUGCUAGGCUUUCUUAAAGUUGAAUCUACCUGCUCUCCGUCAUGAUGCCACAUCUCGUACCUAGAGACACCUGUUUGUAUUAAAAUUAUUUCACAAAGAGAAGUUAAGGAUAUGUCAAAAGCAGAGAAUGGCAAAUACAGGGCAAGCUGCCCCUCCAGAGGCCUUGACAGACAUCGCUAAUCAAUCCCAGCACCCUCCCAGCUGAGCCCUAAUGCAACACAGAUGUCUUCUUAAGACAGCACUGUCGGCAACCAGAACUAAUCAAUUGGAAUUGGUUCAAAGGAUAAAAUACGUUUGCCAUUCAGGAUACUGGAUCUACGCUCACUCCUUCAGGCCAUGUAAAACUUGGUUUGUAUCCCGAGUCAGUAGUCCAUUCCCUAACCUGGAAUAUGAAUGGGGUCCACACAUGCAGGAGUACUGCCUCCCUGUCUGAAGUGGCCCAUGGCGUACAGAGGCUGGGGGAAGUGGACUGAUGAGCCUGUCACAGCCCACCUCUCAGGACACACACACUGGUGUGCUCCUUGUCACCCCAGAGGCCAGCUACACCUGCCCACCGUCUUCACAACUAGCGUGAGCCCUCUGCACAUCCGCAGGCUAAACAAGACGGGCCAUCUUUUUGGAGCCGCAAUUUUGCCAAAUGGUUUUUCUGGAGGAAAAAAAUGUAAGUUUUGAUGUUAAUUUUUUUCCUGAAUAUUUAAAUACACCUGGAUAAGCUAAAGAGCAGACUGAAAAAUAAGUAUGAAUUUUAAGAGCAGAAGGCGAUGCUAGAGAAACCCAGCUGUGACAUCAGCUCCAUCCCAGCACCCCAGUCUCCUUUCUGCUUCGUCUCCUAUUCCACCUCAGCAGGAGAAGCUGGGCAUCUGGUCUAAGGAUGUAAUAACUACCUUCCAGGUGAGAAAGUCUCUCUUUCCCUUGUCCUGGACUGUGAGUUCUCAGCCAAGAAAGCCAUACAGGAAAGGAAAUUUAGAAGAUGUUUUUAUGCGUUGU